GAGAAGCAGGCUUUCCAGGGUUGCCUGGAAAACAAGGAAUACCAGGUGAACCAGGACCACCUGGUUUCCCAGGAGAAAAAGGUGAUGCAGGUUUUCCUGGUCCGCCAGGUGCGAGUGGUAGAGAUGGUUUUCCUGGUUUGAAAGGUGAUAGUGGAGAACCUGGUUUAACUGGUCUUAAAGGUGAACGUGGCUUGCCAGGUCCUCCUGGUUUACCUGGAAAACAGGGACCUCAAGGAUCACCUGGUAAAUAUAACUAUAAUUUAUUCUUUCUUUUAAAAUAAAUAAAAUUAUCGUAA